AUGUCUCUCGUUCAACGUAGUGUUUUUGAUAAAAUUGCAGCUGAAGGUGUUCAUCUUGCAAUAUGGUCAUCAGUUAUGAGUGUUGGUGGAGGUUUAGGAGAAAUAUUUGUUAAUCAUGAUGCUCGUAUGAAUAUUGCUGGUGAUCAUGCUAUAGUACAAUUAAUUGAAGCACAUAAACGAUCAAAAGUUUUGACAAAUUUAAUGUUACUUGUAAGUGGAGUUUCAGGUGCAUUAGCUUAUCAACAAACAAAAGAUAAAUAUUGGCUUAUUGGUUCAGCUGGUCUUCCAUAUUGUGCAUUGGUUGAAAAUCCAGUUGCUGAACAAUUGAAAUUUUUAACACUUGAUGCUAAAUCAGAAAAAGCUAAAUCAUUAUUAAAUUCAUGGGGAACUAUUCAACUUGGUAAAUUAGCAUUAGCUGUUGGAGGAGCAACAGUUUUCUAUUGUUAUACUGGUCAAAUAAACAAUGAAACAAAAUUAGAAGAAGUUCUAAAAUCAGAUUUAAAAUCUGAAGGAUUUUUACCAUAUGCAAAAUUAAUUGCAUGGUUAACACAAGAAUUAAAUGGAUUUUAUUCAAUAGGCGAAUUUGUUCAAGAUAUCAACUCUAUUAAUGAUAUAUCUAAUUUUUUACUUGAACUGGGUGGUUUUCUUCGAGAUUAUGGCUGUCCUUAUCAAAAUCUUGUUAAUAGUGAAAAUAGAUUAAAUGAUCGUAUAUCACGUUUACAAUUAUUAGACUUUCUUUGUACGGAAAUUCAAGCAGCUAAAAUGAAUAAAUGUCUUAAACGAGAUAUAAUAACUAAUGGAACAGAUGAUACAACGAACAAAAAACAAUAUGAAAGUAAUGAAGCUCGCGAUCUAAAAGCAUUACUUGUUGCUCUUGGUUUUCCUCGACCACCUGAUGGAAUAACAGCUGAACAAAUAUGUACAAAAGUUUAUGGUAAAGUUAGUGAAUUAUUAAAAACUUUAUCUCCAAAUUAUUUGGGUCGACCAUUAUUAAAAAUCAAUAUGUCAGAAAAACAAUGGAGUCAAAUACAUAAAAUAAAUAAAAUUUUAUAUGAUGAUUACAAAACUCGACGAGAACUAUUACUUAAACGACUUGAUGUGACAAUUCAAUCGUUUAAAUGGGCUGAUCGAUUAAAAGAUAAAACUGAUGAAAUUUCAAAUGCUUUUAUGAGUAAACGUAAAGCAUUAACAGCUGAACCAAAUGUACGAAUUGAAGAUAUUUUGGCUGCUCGUGAAGAUUUAUGUCAUAUGGAAAAAACUUGUGGUACAAAAGAAAUAGCAUCAACUCGAUCAAAACUUCAUAAAAUUUUAAUUCCAAAAGUACCUGAUCGUGGCGGACGAACAACUGAAUUACAGGCGCCACCUCCCGAAAUGCCAUCGUAUCAACGAGGAGGUUCUGCAGGUGGUGCACGUCGUGGUGGCGGUGGUCAACAACAUCAAUAUCAAGAACAAAGAAGUCAUCGAGGAGGUGGUGGCGGAGGUUGGUCAGGACGUGGUGGUGGCGGUGAUAGACCUUAUUCUGGUGGUUAUCAACAACAAAAUUAUGGAAUGAUGGAUCCUUAUAUGCAACAAUAUCCACAGAUGGCUUAUCAAGGGCAACAACAAAUUGUCAAUGAAUAUGCUGGUAUGGAUUAUGGUGGAACUUAUGGUGGACGUGGUCGUGGAGGACGAGGUGGACGUGGUGGUCGACGACCAUAUUAA